AUGUGGAUGGUAGGCUGGAGCCUUUGUGUGCACACCGUGUGGACCUGGUUAUGGGACCCGGGGCAGCCGUUGUCUGUGCACACCUUCUGUGCAUUUGGCGGCCCUUUCCUCCUGCAGGCUUGGUUGGUGGCAGCAGCUUCAGGUCGCAUCGAUGGGGGCGCUCCCGAUCGUGCGGCCAUUGGAGCUGGAAGCAACGUCGUCGUCUUCGAGACAAGGCUUGCUGAGUCGUUCACAUCGUCGUGGACGCGCCACUCGGACGAGGGGGACCGGACCCGAGGACCGAGAAUAGUGGAGAAGAGCCAAAGGGCCACGAGUACGGUGAUGCAGGGCUUCCCAGCCGAGCAUGAGUCAGGGGAUGGCGACCACCGGCCCUUUGGGCCCCCCGGGCCCCGCCCUAGCACUCCGUGCAGCCAUGGACCGGUUGGAUUUCCUUCGCUACGUGGCGGCGCAGUGGAGCAGAGGGUGCGGAGCAAAACCGACAAGAUCUUGGAUGGGCUGGCAUCGCUCCUCGACAGCGUUUGGGAUGAUGAGGCGCCUGGCGCCACCGAGGAUGAGCCCAAGCUUCAGGAGCUGUGGGAGGCACUAGAGGACAUCGUGAGGACGCGACCUGGCAAUGUCGUGCAGCGCUUGAAGAGCUUGGUCACGCGCUUCCGGAAGGUGUGCAAUGCAGGCCACAUUUCGGCGACGCAUGCGCAGCAUCCGGCAACUUCGGCGACCACACGUGCAGGCCGGGACGGGCAUGUCAACUCUGGGACUAAGGACUGCGAGCAGGACCAGCCGCAGGGUCGAAGGACUUUUGCGUGCGGCAGGGCACGCAAGAAUGACUGGACCGGUCCGGUCGCUACCACCAGCGAGGAGCUUGAACAGUUGAUUCAUGUUCUGAAAGAUAAGGAAAAAAUUGAGGAGAAAGGAUUGGUAGCGCUGCCAAAUUCGCCUGCUGAGGCGGCGAUCAUGUGGCAGCUGCUUGCGGCACACGAAGCAAUUCAAGUGCUGUUUGUGUUCAAUUACGAGACUCAGCCCAAUUUUGCUGAGGCCACAAAGGAAUCUCUAGGUGUGGAGCCUGCAACGUGCUCCAUUCCUCUGCUCUUUGACGGGGGACUUCGUUUCGUGCGGCGCUUCACGCUUCGGCGGGGAGCGCAUGCGCCGGCUACGGAUGUCCGCCGUUGGGCGGGGCAACACCUUGAUUUGCACAAGUCCAUUCGGGAUUCAUGGGGUUGGGAACGGAUUGGCAAGGAUGAUCUUCAGGGUUUGAUUCGGAUUGAUGGCGGUCGUGGGGAUGCUUUCCUUUCGGCUAGUGGGCUUGAGAUGGGAGGGUCGCGUUGGUUCUUCGAGCCACUGCGAUGGGAAAGCCCAUUAUCGGUCACUGCUGCCCCGGGCGUUGCGCCGCACACGGUGGGCGGCGAGGACAUCAAGGACAUUGCAGUGCAGGCAGGAUUUAAGGACGUGGAGCUCUUAGAA